AUGGCUAACAACCAAAAAGGCAACCAGGAACUAGCCGAAAUUUUGGCUCAAACCGGUAACUCAUCUUUGGUACUUCAACCAUUCAUAAUAGGUGAUCUUGGUGUGGAGCUGUUUUGUGAUGUAUCUACCAAACGGAUUCGACCAUUCGUACCCGAAGUGGACAGAAAAAACAUUUUUUCCAAACUGCAUUCUAUUUCACAUCCAUUUACUAAAGCUACUAUAAGGUUGGUGGAAGAGAUGUUUGACCUGGUGUUCGAGCACGUGCACAUCAACAUCGUAGGUCCCUUGCCGCCAUCAGAAGGUUUUCGCUACUGUCUUACUUGUGUCGACCGUUUUUCCAAGUGGCCAGCAGCUUACCCGCUCGCAGAUAUACCGGCCAAAUCGGUUGCUGAGACUUUCUAUGCUGGAUGGAUUGCUGGGUUUGGAAUACCUCUACGAAUCACAACAGAUCAGGGAACACAGUUCGAAGCCUCACUGAUUGAUGCACUGACUAAGUUUCUGGGUUCGGCUCGUCAUCGAACAAGCCCUUACCAUCCCGCAGGAAAUGGUCAAGUGGAAAGAUUUCACAGACAGAUGAAGGGAGCGAUUAGAGCCUACAGUAAAAGUCAGUGGACCAGAGUUUUACCUACCAUUCUUUUAGGUUUUAGAGCCGCAGGGAAGGAGGACUUGCAAGCAACGACAGCGGAAAUGGUUUAUGGAACUCCGAUACGACUGCCUGGAGAAUUUUUAUGUCCGUCUACUGGUACAGCGGAUCCCACAAAUUUUGUUGGAAAGCUAAAAGAGACCAUGCAGGAGUUGCUGCCAGUAAAGUCCAGACAUCGGGGUCAUGGAGCAGUUUUUGUAAGUAAAGACUUUUUGUCGUGCAGUCAUGUUUUCCUGAGGUUCGAUGUCCUGAAAAAAAGCCUGCAGCCACCAUACGAAGGUCCAUUUCAAGUGCUGAGUCGAGGGGAGAAGGUUUUUAGGAUUCUUAUUCAUGGCCCAGAGAGUACGGUAAACGUGGAUCGUCUAAAACCUGCAUAUGUAUCCCGUGAUGAACAGGACAUAUUUCCUAAAAGCAAAUCAACAGCUAUGAGCGAAUCUACAGAGGUUGAAUCUACUAUCCCAGAGCCUGGUGACAUGCCAAAAGAGGUUAAGACACUACCAGGCCGUCGAGUUAAGUUUCAGGGAAAGUAUCAUAAAUGA